CAGAUUCUGGCUUCAAGCUCCUCGCCAUGGCCCCUCAACCUCCAGAGCCACAGAGCCUAAAAUCAUGGCAGGAAGCAUUUCAAUACCCGAUUCCCACAGUACGGCGUGUGGAACAGGAGCUGCGUCGCGACAUCGCGAGCAGUCAGGAGAAGCUCCGUGCCCUUGUUGGGACGAGAUAUCGAGAGCUCCUUGGGACUGCCGAGACUAUUGUUUCCAUGAACCGCGACAUCCAAGAGGUAGAAUCUAAUCUGACGGACGUUGGACGCAGAUGCAAUCCAAGCGUCGUUGAGAAGACAUAUGCCCAUCUCUGCCAGAUAAGGGGCGAAGCUAUCGGGAAAGAUAUAGAGAAACGUGCAUUUGCUGCGCAGCUCGCCCUUCUCCACCGUUGCAUAACGUCCAUCUCGAAAUUGCUGAGGAAAAGAGGUUCGCUUUUAUUAAUAGCCAAACUUAUGGCUGUUUCUCGACUUCUCCACAAUACGCUUUCGCAACAGGAUGCCCUCCCACCGUUCUUGAAGAGCUUGCGUGUGCAACUGGAUCGUUUCCGAGAAAGCCUCCGGAGACGUAUUUAUAGACGCCUUGCAUCCGCGGAUUCCACCAUUGAUGAUCUACUCGAAGCUCUUGCUGCUUAUUGCCUGGGGACCAGCUCCUCUGACGAUGCUGUUCGUCAUUUCCAUCAGAUUCGCGUGGAGGUUAUCGGGAAACUACUUGACUCGACCGAUUUGUCCGGGCAGAGCAUUCUGAAGGCUCUCAGACUGUAUAUAGAAACUCUGCGGACUUCUAAGACUUUGCUCUCACGGCGCUUAUCAGACGCUCUUGCGAAGCUGAAAGCGAGGCCAAUUCUGACGGACCCCGAAAUCAGGAACCUUGAUGAUCUGGACCUUGGUGUUCUUGGGCGUUUCGUUUCCAGAGAUGUGAAAAACUUUACGCCUUGGAUCAAACUCAGCGAGUGGGCUAAACCGGAGGCGGAGAAGACGAUAAAGCAAUGGUCUAGCAACGCCUUUCGGGCUUUUGUCGAGGGCUCUCAGAAGAAUCUGGCAGGGUGGGAUGGAUUCUCCGAGCUCCUCUCUCUUCGUCGGCAGCUGUUGGAAAUGUGGCUGUCCUCAAGAAGCUCAAUCCCUACCCAUUCGCCUACCAGUGUCUUAGAAGACAUCCGAAGCCUCUUCAAUAGACAGCUUACAAGAGUCCUACACGCACAAGCCAAGAAAUUGGAGGACUUGGGCCGAGAUGUUCUGUUCGUGACCGAAAACUGGGAAGACUCCGAGCACACAGAGCAGUUGCUUUGGGAUCAUGAUUUGAUCUCUCUUGACUAUUCUAACGGGGCCACACACUUUAAGCAGGCGGUUAUGGACAGGUAUCUUGGUUGGGAUGAAGGAAUUUCCGCCCAGGUGAAAGACUACGAAGCCUGGCUUGGCUCAAUAGAACAUUCUAGGAAGCUGAUCGAGGAUUUGCGGCGGGUGAGAUGGGUUGAUAUCCUAGACGACGGGGAGGACGAAGAUACUGCUGUGGAUGUUACCUCCAUUUUGAACGAAGACGAUCCUCAAAUACUAGUUGAUACUCUCGGGUUAGCUGUUAAACAAGCUCUCGACGGCCUUCAGUCCUCGCUCAGUGAUGCGGUCUCACGUUUUGGUGCUUCGAAUCAAAGUGACAAGGCCGGUUUCUUGCUGCGACUUAUCCGACAAAUCCGGGGUGAUUUACCCGUACAGUUCAUAUCGAGUGACUUUGCAUUCUCAAGUGACAUCGUUCCCGAAUUGCAAAGAACAAUCGUGGCACAAGUGACCACCUGUGCGGGUCCAUUGAAUAUAUCAUCUGAACUACACUCGCGUCGCAGGCAGGUCCCAGGCCGAACACUCUGGGAAGGGGAUCCGGCGUUACCAAUUCAGCCACUGCCAUCUACUUUCAAAUUUCUGCGACGUCUGAUGACAUCCAUGACACAAUGCGGCUCAGAUCUCUGGGAUCCUUCCACUGUUAAGGUUCUCAAGAUGGCUGCAAGUAGAGAGUUGUCAACGGCCAUGCUGUCUGCUUUCGAGGGUUUGGAAUCUUUGCCUCAUACGGUGGAUGAUGAGACUUCCAAAUCGGAAUCCAAUAUCAACGGGCAGUCUACGGAUAACGGUGGCAGUGCUGAGAACCCCAAACCCGAGGGUACAUCUGAAGCAGACCUUCUUCAUGACCAGAAGAUUCAGCUGCUUUUCGAUACGGUGUAUUUGGCAUCCGCCUUGGCAACAAGCAGCACUGAGAACUCAGAAUUUGCUUCUGUAAUCGAGACGCUAGAAGACCACCAUGACCCGAAAACCCAGAAGUCUGUAAAGAGAACAGCUGAGGAAUACUGGAAGCGGACAGAGCUGCUGUUUGGUCUUUUGGCUGCUCACUGAAUCUGUAUAUUAUCCGGUCGUUAAUUAAUACCAUCACUAUAUCUUGUGCAGAAUGUACCUAGGUAGUAAUGUUCUAUUAUUA